AUGCCCGUUCCUUCGAGCUCCUUGGCCCAAACAUGUUCAGAAGGCCCUGCAACGUUCGCGGCGCGUGAGGCGACCGAAGACAUUCCCCUCGGAGGUCCCUUCUGUCUCUCUUCCGACAGCGACCAGCAAGCAUGGCCGGAAGAGUCCUCAUUCCCCCUUGAACACGAUCACCGGCUGCAAGACACGCAGACGAUCGCAUCGUCAUCCGGAACCGCCCUCACGCAUGCCUCGGACCCACCCAGUCCCUCUUCCUCUUCUGCUGGUCACCCUCCGGUACUCCCCACCGAAACCCGAUCGCCCCCAACUACACGGUCGCGCGGGAAGGCCCCGAACGCCGUUGCGGGCCCAUCGCGACUCGUACCGAUCGCCCCGCAAGAGGCAACGACCCAGGCUGAGACCCCCGCGGUGACGGUGCUGCGGAGGAGCGGCCGGAAGCGAACUGCCCCGGCCGCUGGCUAUGUCGACGCUGCUGUGCUGCCCCCUGCAAAAAAGCGGAAGGCUACCAAGGGCUCCGCUUCGAAGGUGCGACACCCAAGUGCUGCCCCCAUCGCGACCUCCGUGGAGCACGCACCAGUCGCGGGGCCGUCCCGCCAGGCCACAAGGACGGCGAAGCCUUCAACGAGGGAAGAACGUUCGGCCAAGGCGCCCUCCAAGAAGGGUACGGAGUCCAAGCGGCCGCGACGCACCCGCGCGCAGGUCGACAUGCACAAGGUGGCGGGGAUGCCGGCACACGCCUGCGACGUAGACGGCUGCGCGCUGAUCUGGAACCCGUACAAGCAUGAUGAUAACAAGGAGCACCUCGAAACGCACUUCGACACUGCGGAUUUGGAGGGCGACGCGGAUCUAGUAUGCGUCUUCGAUGUGUGCAAAGCGCCCGUUCCGGGGAAAGACCUGCUCCAACACAUGGAGAUCCACCACAUCGGCCGCCCGUACCUCUGCCCCAUCCGAUGCGGCUGGCAAUCGUGUCGCUCGAGUUACCAGAAGCAGCACAUGGACCUGAUGCACGAGGGAGUGCAUUGGGAGUAG